AUGGAUAACGAUGAUAUUUAUAAAACACCGACAAUUCUUAGAAAAGAAGAUUUUAGUGAUAACUUUUUUUUAAAUAACGAUAAUACUAAUCCAUUUUUGCUCUCUGAUGUUGGUGAUACUACAAUUCAAAAACCAAAGGUUACAAAAUUUAAUGCUUAUAAAGAUAAUAAGCAAGAUGUGAAUGGAAUGGUUGCAACAAUUAAUAACAAUAUGGAUCAGGCAAGACAAAAUUUACAGGAAUUUUCCAGAGUAAUUAAUAACACAGAUAAAUUAUUGGAUUUAUGGAUAAAUAUAUUAUCACAAAGUAUUCAUAAUCAGCAAUUAUUAUCAAAUAAAUUAUGGCAAGGUUUAGCAAUGGAGCAAUUAAAGCCAAUAGAAGAUACAAAAUCAAAAGAUCCAGAAAAUUUAAAAAGUAAUUUAGAGAAUCAAGAAGAAAUGCAAGAAUUAACAAAACCAUCUGAAAGAUUAAAAAAAACUGCUGUAAAAAAUUCUGCUAUACCUAUAAGAUUGAGAGUUCCUCAAUCUUGGAAAAAUGUUGAAGUUACUAGAAUGAUAGACCUUUACGAUCCAAUCAUUAGAGAAUCUACUAAUUAUAUUGUAGAAAAUAUUGAUGAUGAUAAUGAAACUAUAAAAGAAUAUUAUUACCCAAUUCCUGAAAAUUGGAAUGAACAUUUAUCAUAUAUUGAAGCUAAAGAGAAAAAGACAAAAAAAUUACUUAAAGUUGAAAAAAUAGUAGAAUUUGAAUAUUCUAUUUAUAAUAUGAAACAAACUUUUGUUAUGAAAUAUUCGAAUUUUUAUAAAAUUCAUUUUGAUCAACAAAUUAAACCAAAGGAAAAAUUUUCAUUUAUAGUAGAAACAGCAUAUACACAUCUUUUAAUUCCUUAUCCAUGCAAAAUUGAUCAGAAUGAUAAACAGUAUUUAUUAUAUCAAGGAAAUUUAUAUGGAAGUUCCGCAUAUUCCACUGAAAAAUUAAAAAUAAAUAUAAGGCUUCCAACAUCCAAUGUUCUCAAUUAUACAAAAAAUCCUAAUUUGGCUGUAACUCAUAUUGGAAAUUUACUUAGUUAUGAAGUAUAUAAUAAAAAUAUAGAAUCCAAUAAAUAUGAUAAGCUUGAAGUUCAUUAUGAAUAUCAAAAACCAAUUAUUAUUAUUAAAAAUUUAAGACGUGAUUUGGAUUUGAGUCAUUGGGGUGGAAACUUGGCAAUUGAAGAACAUUUUAAUAUUACAAAUGAUGGAGCAAGAUUAAAGGGUCAAUUUUCUCGAGUUAAAUAUCAAAAAAGUUUUUUCAAUUCACAUGAAAUGAUGGUAUUAAAUAAUUUAAAGAUAGACUUACCAAUCAACACAAAAGAUAUUUAUUAUCGAGAUGAGAUUGGAAAUGUGUCAACAUCACAUUUGGAAUAUCAUUAUCAAAAAGACAAAGGCAAUAGUGUAUUUUUGAAAAUUAAACCAAGAUUUCCACUUUUUGGUGGUUGGAAUUAUACUUGGCAUCACGGAUAUAAUGUUCCACUUGGCGAUUUUGUAAGAUAUCAUUCUGAAAGUGAUCAAUAUAUCCUCAAUAUACCCUUUAUGAAUUUGUUGCCUAAUGCAACAUAUGAUCAAGUUCAAAUUAGAAUCAUUUUACCAGAAGGAGCAAAGGAUGUAAAAGUAGAAUUACCAUUUCCUAUAGAUGAAGAAAUUCACUCAAUUCAUAAAACAUAUCUGGAUACAAUUGGAAGAUAUUUGAUUACAUUAAAAAAACACAAUUUAGUUUCUGAACAUUCCAAAUUUUUUCAAGUUUCUUAUAAGUAUAAUAAUUUGGAAUUGUUAAGAAAGCCAUUGAUGCUUUUUAUUGUAUUUUUAGGUGGAUUUUUACUAAAUAUGAUCUAUUCAAGAAUGGCUUCUGUUUAA